AUGGCCACUGCACAAGUUCCAAUCCUCUUACGCUUCCUGACGCAGGAUGCCAAGAUUCCGUUAACCGUUGCUAUUGGGAAAACCUUCCUGAGCAACGAGUUUGUUCUGACAAAUAUCAGCCCGGAAAGUAUCGCAAAGUCAAAUCCCAAGGUUCUCCAGAAUAUUUUUGAAAAUGAAAAAUUUGCCAAACAAGUGUUGAAUGCUGGGAAAAGAGUCUCCAAGAAACGCGGAGCCUCGGCAGACAACUCAGCUACAUCUCCCCAGAAGAAGAAAAAGCAAAUUAUCACAACUGACACGCCGCCCUUUGAGAUUGAGUCACAUCUCAGGUUACCAGUCUCAGUUGCCACUGACAAGGAGCUACGGGACAUAGUUAUAACGACCAACAGAGCUCCACUGGUACUUGCUUUUGCCGUGUGCGUCUUGAAGUACACAAUGCCAGAGCAGCCUAUCUCUAGCAGACUGAGCCUCGCUCAAGCGCUGGUCAGCCUGAAUAGCCGUUCUAAAGCCGUCAGUCUGGGCAUCGAAAGUGGGCCGUCUGCGGAACAAGAAGGCUGGGGCCAAGGACAUCCUACUGUCAAAGUUCUUGGCAGAGAGAUCCAAGUAUUGAAGCGAUGGGACUACAACCCCCACGAAGGGAAACCAAAUGCAUUGCCCGAAAACGAACAAUCGCAUUCUGACACAGUGCCCGCUGAUGAGUUUCUGGGUAGAAACUGUGAUGGAGAAAUGGAAACGAUGCCUCCACUAUGGGGUGUUGAUUUAGAAUCGGCCCGCGCUUCACACAAAAGUGCUGCAGGUGCAGAUUCAAAUUUCGAUAGUAGGCUACCGAUAUUCACAGCGGAAGCCGCGAGAACAUACCUCAUGCGAUCCAUUACAAAGUCGAAGCAUGGUAAUAUGUCCUCCAAACCCAGAUCGGUGGGUUCGAUACAAGAGGAAAAGGAAGAAUGUGUCGGACAUCUACUUUCCGCCAUCGAGUCGGUAUGUCUGUCAUGGGUCUCAACCUUGGACAAAAAAGAACUUGAUAAGCGUGCUUGGUCUUGGUAUCUGCAUGUUCGACCAGAUGUUCAAAGCGGUGUUCAGGGCUGGGGAGAGAAAGGGCAAGUGAAACUCUCUGAUAUCCUUGACCUUCGAAGAGUUCCCUGA